AUGAUAGCUUUGGGGACUCAACCGAAUGCAAUUACACCCGUGAGCAUUCUUCCAGCCUGUGCUGGUUUGGAGUUUUUGAACUUGGGGAAAUUGGUUCAUGGUUGUGCUGUUAAAUUGGGGGUGGACUCUGAUAUUUCACUAAUUAACACUUUAAUCGCUCUUUGUGGUAAGUGUGGAAUUGUUGAUACUGCCAAAUCUUUGUUUGAUCAGAUGCCAGUCCAAAGCCUGGUCUCGUGGAAUGCCAUGAUUGCUGCUUAUGAACAGACUAAUGCUGAUCGGUAUGCCAUUAAGCUCUUCCGUAGAAUGCUAAUUGAAAAAGUAGAAUUUGAUUAUAUCACAAUGGUUAGUGUUAUAUCAGCUUGUGCUAAUUUAGGAGCACUCAAUAUUGGGAAAUGGAUACAUAAGCUUGUGAGGAACAAAGGUCUUGAAACUAAUGUUUCAAUUACUAAUGCUUUAAUUGACAUGUAUGCAAAAUGUGGAAACAUAGAUUUGGCAAGGGAUGCUUUCGACAAGUUGCCUCAUAAAAGUGUUGUGUCCUGGACUUCAAUUAUAGGGGCCUAUCCAUCUCAUGGGUAUGGGGACAAUGCUCUGAUGCUCUUCACAAAGGUGAAAGAGGAAGAAAUUUAG